UAGGGCAUUUAGGCACAUUAGGGCUACCUGCGCUACACGUGCACAUCUAGUUUCCUCGGCAUUUAACCCAGACAGAUGGACCUUGCCGAGUAUAGCCUAAUUGUAGAAUUUGACAUCUAGGCCUACUUUACCAAGAAGCUAUGGAUGAGGAUGUAGAAUCCAGUGACAUCCCAGCAAGCCAGCUGGCUGCCAUACAGAGCAAGGGACAGUUCCAACGGUCCAUCUCCUUGGCCCUAUCGGCUGAGACUGGCAAGACUGGUGGUGAUUCCGUGCCCUCUUGCUCUGUGGAGCAAGAUGACAGGGGUCACUCAUUGGGCGUCUCGGCAGACAAUGUGGCACGUUCUGCAGAGGGCUUGGACAUCAGGUCAACAAUCAAGGAAGAAGAUCACGAUUUGGAAGACAGAGUUGAGAGGAGAGUCCUGGAGGAGGAUGGGGAAGACGAGGCUGUCAGUGACGAUGCAACAACUGAAGAGAGUGUCAGCAGCGAUGACGACAGUGAUGCAGUGCAAAUGGCACCUCUCCCCCGGUCAACCACUUCAAACCGUAGAGGCAAGACCAGGUUACAGAGGCAAAGAUUGCGACAGUUCCGGCGGGAUUUUUUUGCGCCGUUUAUGGAAGAUGAUGACUUCGAGGAUUUGUCCUGUCGAGUGGAGGUUGAAAACAGGCCACAGAGGGUCCCUACUUUGAUGGAGCUGUGCAUGGAAAAAGGUUUCUCCACGACCAGUCCGUUGCCCCCAGGACUGAAGCCGGCCCUAUCCCAGCAUCGUGGCAAGGCCAAGCUCGCUGCUUUACAGUUGCGCUGGCUUGGCAGAAACCUGGCAAUCCUUGAGAAGCAGAUCAAGUGGAACCUCGUUGAGGCAGUGGGACCUCAUGGAAUGAGGUCCACUCAUUUGAGGCGUGACACCAAAUCUCUUUGGAGACGGAAGCAUUGGCAAUAUGAUUGGAGCCCACACCCUGAGAGGAAGCUGUGGAUUCUGCCUGCCAGCUGCCAGGUGUACGACACAGUGGAGUGGAAGAUAGCAGCCCUGGCACAUUACAUCAACUUGGCACUUCCACUUCGGAGCGGUGACCCCAAAAAGGGUGGAGCUUCCCCGUCAGAACAGCAGGGCUGCAAGGAUGGGGACGUCCAGCAGGUCAAGCGAUGCCUGAGAAAGAGAUAUCCCAAGCUGGUGAAGUAUUGUUUUGAUCACGCCAUGGCCUAUGUAUGGUGGACCAGGGGCAGAUGCACGAAAGCCCAGGAAUCCUUCAUAAAGAUUGCCAAACGAUAUCCACCCGACCUGAUUUCUGAGACAGAGCAGAGCACUUUAUGGGCCCGUCACCGAGCCAUGGUGCUGGUUGAGAUUGGCCGCCUGUUGGUGAGCUUUGACCAGCCAGACUCAGCUGGGCACUUCUUUCGGGAGGCUGCCGAGGUGGCCUCUAGGAAGGUUCACCCCAAGAUCGCAGACAAGCUGACCCUGCAGUCCCUGGCUCUGACGGCUUCGGCUUACGACCAAGGAUUGAUGGCCGGUCAUUCAGCAAUUCAGGCUGCCAGACUGUGGUCGACUACGGCGCAGCAAGCUCAGGCCGUGGAGCAGACGCCCCCGAGGAGCAUGCAGGAUUUCCAGUGGGAGGAACCGGGGGAAUCGGUGAUGGAACACUGCAGCCGUGAGGCGGUGUUAGCCGCCAUGGAAUCCCUACUGCACUGCCACGCCGGCCACCUUGCCAAUUCAGCCAACCAAGAUUUUCGGGAUUCGGCACAUAGGAAUCGAGUCUGGCUAACAGGGGCCAGAGGCUAUCUGGAGAAGCUUCAAGGCCCAGACAGUGCCUUUGUUGGGAUGUAUCUGUCCUUUGUCCUGGCCAUGCUCAACGAGGGAGUAGCUGCCGAGAAUGCGUACCAUGUUUCUUUGACAAGCAAUAUCUGGAGCAGAGGGCCCGGCGACAUUGCCACUGUGGUGACAGAGGACGACAUUAGACCCCACCCGUGGUGGCUCUUUGGGGAGUGGAUCGCAGCUCGGAAGGCAGCCCUGAGGAAAGCAGUCUCUGAGCCCCUGCGCGUUCUCCCCUUGGUGUGGCGAAGGGGUCUGCAGCAACCCACCUACAGAUACGACGGACUCUCUUAUGGGGCAUUGCGCAAGCAGAAUGCUGACAUUGAGGGAUUUACCCUUGACCUUCAUGUGACCCCUAAAGGUCAUUUGACCGGUGCCAUGAUGCAGAAUCUCCCACCAAUGACAAAGGUCUGCAUGGAUGCGUACACUGGACAAGUUCACCUGGGUGACCCCUGCUGCGACAGUGAGCUGCAUCGAUGGGACAACUAUGAUAACAAUCAUCCUCGUGCAGCUAACUUCGACUGUCAGAGUUCCCUCCCACAACCGAACAUCAUUUACUCUGACCCCUUGACAUCGACAACCGUCACCCUUGCAAUCACCAGCGUGAGCUGUUACUACCAGUGUGAGGCGAACAGGCUUUCCCGAAAUGCCCCCAGUAGGAAAAGGCCAGAGGACUUGAGAUGGAUUCAGGCAGAGUCGCGGCCGGCCAUCUCUGUCAUCUACCAGCGCAAAGGAUCAGCCAGGGUCAAAGUUGACCUUGUAGAUCUCGUCUUGAAGGAACAAAAAAAGAGUGUUCUUGAUGCAAUUGAGUCAAGUUAUGCUGCGAAGCUCCUCAGGGAAGCGGAAAACUUCCUUGACUUCUUCAUCAGGAGGCAGUAUCACUUCAACAGCCAUAUGGUAAUGGAGUUUUUGAAUCACAAAAUUAGUGAUGAAAAUUUCACGCAUCCAGUGGCCCAACAUCAUCCGUCAACCAGUAAGGACAUUGCCAAGUAUGUUGAGGGAAAGAGGAACCGUUACAACUUCCAAAUGGCACGGAUCACCUUGAAAAAGGUUCUGUACGUUGGCAAGGCAACGGUCGUAUUGCUGCUGAUCAUGCCAAGUUACGAUGUAUUCGUGUUCAUUGAGUGCACCUCGGCGGAGAGUUUCAGCCGGCCAAUUGUUGUCAGGAGUAAAGAGAAACGUCCUUACGGGUACCGAUCAAGCCUACCUGACGGCUGGCUCCUGUUGAGUGACUGCUCCUGCUGGAGUGCUCCAAACCCACCGGCCAGUCUACUCUUUGCCUUCAAAGACGAUCCCAAGGCAUGGCCGCAACGCAAGCUUACGCACCUCAAUAUGCAGAUUUUCGAUGAUCGGGGCAACAUUCUCAGCUUCAAGAAGUUUGGGCAAAGAAAGGAGCAAGAUUCCAGCAAGGAGAGAUAUUUUUUGUCUUGCGAAGGGUAUAAAAUUGUCGGCACCAACAAGGAAAAGACAAAGGUCACAGUGUGCGACUUGGAGAAACAGACAGAGUGCUGGUCCACCGAGUUGACCAGUAUACAGAAGCUGGAUGUCGCCAAGGGCACCGUCUACGUCUCAACGCUAGAGGGCGUGUACGCGAUGGACAUUGAAGCAUUGAAGCCACUUGUGAUCGUUCAUUUGAGCUCCAGCAGAUUUUCCACACCACCCAAUGACAAUGGACUUCUCUUGUAUCUCCCCGCUGGGAGUGCAGACAACCCCAAAGUGCUGAGCACAACUGAGAUAAUGGCAAGGAGUGAUGGGACUGAACAGUACAGUGCAACUUUCUAUGGCAUGGACAAUCAUGUACUUGUACUAAGAAGACGCAGAAUGGAUGAGGGUGAACUUCUUGAAGGGGAGCAGAAGCCAGAUGUCUUGGAAGUGAAGGAUGUGAUGGUACCAGGGAGGCCUAAGGAGCUAUGCUAUCUUGGCGAACAAGCGGGCUUUAUCGUCUCAGCUACGAUCUCCAGCAGUGACGAGACCAGUGCUUACUACCGAGAGAGCCUCUACUGGUUUGACAUGGCCGGCGACAUCAUUGCCAUCCAUCCGUUCAUAGGUGGGGGCCAUCACAGUUUCCUACCGGUCUACCUGAGAGACCCAGGAGGAGACGGGGAGGGGAAGGCAGACGACAGGGACUUGUAUCUGUACUUUGCCGAUGGCCUAGGUGCACUGUGUUGCAUCAAGCUGGAUAUUUAUCAGUAUCGCUAGAAACAACCCGACUUUUCAGGCCAUUUUAAGCUUCAUGGGGUGGGGGAAUUUGGAAGUUUUAGAUAUUACAAGACGAGAAAUUUUAUUUAGUGGUUGUCAAGUGAGGGGUGUACAUUCCAACAGAAGUUGGUCAUACAUGGGGUGUUAUUCCACAAAAAGGAAGUCAUGAGUGUGCAAAAGUGCACUUUCGCUUGUUCCUGCACUGAGUGGAUUAUGCAAAUUAGAAUUUUCUUCAUUAUUUUACUGUUCUUCAGUUGAUUUGAAAGUCAGGAAAACUUCCGUCAUAAACACUCGAGGUUAGAUGUGCAACAUUCAAGCAUUGUGCCAUAAUGUUUAUUCAUACAUACCAUAAUGAGGCUUUCAACAAAGUGGAAACGGGUAUUUCUAAACUCAUUUUACUCAAAUCACAGAAUUUGAGCCCACGGCCGGUACCCAAUACCGCAUCAUUAUUGAAAUUGAGAAAAAACACAAAUCUUAGUAUCAUGAAAUGAUGGCAGUGUUUCAACCCACAACUGAGUCAGAAGGUGUUGCAUGCCUUGAAUAUAAUGCCUUAAAAGGAUAUAACCCGACUGACCGGUACCUUGCAAUCAUGUUGUGAAUACAGUAGCUGUAACAGGUGUUUGUUGUACCUUUCUUCCCAGAAAAAUUUCAUUCUUUAUUUGUAACGAGAUGUUUGAUAGUCAACCUAACUAUGAUCGUUUUUGUGUACGUAUAUUUGAAACAUUGACAAAAAAAUUUAAUUUAUAAAUAUGCUGAGCAAAGGUAGAGGCAGGGGUGUACAUAACAAUAUAGAAAUGCAUUUUUGUUGAAGAAUUUCCUUGAGAAAUUUGUCUUUGGUAUUGCAAUUACUGCUUAUCAGACAGUCAUGACAUUUUGUGAAAUGAAGUAUACCUUUACAAGCUAUGCAUGUAUCUAUUUUUAAUAGUGUUUGAUUUCUAUAAGGAUUUAGUCACAGGCUUAAUGACUGUUUAUCAGGUGUAAUAUUUUUAGGAAAUGUUCUGGAAAUUAUUUUUGAUAAUUGAAAAGAAAUGAAGUGCACGUGUAUAAAGUUAAUCAGUUUGUAAUAAGCAACUCAGAGAACUUACAGUGUAUAUAUUUGUGGAUAUCAUAUACUCGGUUUCAAACAGAUGUACAUGUACAGUUUAAACAGAUAUGUAUGUGUUAAGGUUUCAAAAGUUGAAGUGUUUGGAGUGUGUGGGUGUUGAUUAUGAAAUAUAUUGUUAACUUUAACCAGGAAUGUAUCGUAUUAUACAAAUUAAAAAGUAUGGGAUCAUACCAAGAAAGUCUCCAGAGAUUCUUAAAUUUCUAACACAGGCACAGUGCAUUUAAAUUUUGAAUUUGUUAAACCUAGCCCAUCCUUUAAAUUUUGAAUUUGUUAACCCUAACGCUGUCCUUUUAAUAUAUUUUUAUAUUGUUAGUAGUGCUGCAUCUAAUUUAAAUGAGUUCAAAUUUGGUUUCCACAAAAAAGAAAGCACUCUUUCAGACACAUGUAAACACAAAUGUGACCUGCUCUGCAAGAGAUGUUUUAAGUUGCGCAAUUCAAAAAUAUUUUGAGGCAAAUUGCUGACAACAAAGCCUCUGUUGCUUAGGAAAACCAAGAGAGUGUCUCAGUUAAGUUAACUAUUUCUGUUCGUUAUAUUUUAAGGGUAUUACAUGUAUCUCAAAAAGCAUGUGUGAUAAAAUGAAAUUAUAUGAAUAUGCAAAUGGCAAAUAAUUCCAAAACGUAAAAUGCUACUGGAAUGAUUUAUAUGUCAAAUGAAAACUUGGGAUGUGAGCAAUAUACAUGUAGUUAUAUAUAUAACUCGAAUUCCAAAACAAGGUGACAUAAUACACAUUUAUGCAGAGCCGGUCACACAAAUGCAAAUUGUCCUGACCGCAGAGCCGGUCACACAAAUGCAAACUGUCCUGACCGCAGAGCCGGUCACACAAAUCCAAAUUGUCCUUACCUUGUAAAACUUAUUGUCUUUAGUAUCAAAAUCGUGUGGGUUAUUUUGGGUAGAUUCCAGCAACCUUCCAUAUGUCCAAGUCUUAGUGUUAAGUGCAAAUAAGGCUUUGAGGGCAGAAUGGUUACUUCAGAUUUAUGCCUAUUUAACAUAUCCCCAAAAGGGGCAAUUUACCCAAAUCUAGACAGGGAAAAUUUUGGUGGAAUAAAAUCUGAAAUCUGAGUGCAACAGGCA